AUGAAACCUCCAAUUUUCUAUCUUUCUCUCUUCUUCACAGCGUCUUUGGCCUCCAGUCCAGAUACCCAACCAGCACCCCUCCAAAAUGCAAACCACAUCUUCAACGCCAUCCACGCCAGCAUGCGGCAGUUCGGCUCCUCCCUCCACCACAACGGCAUGUCCUUCUUCCUUGCGUCUGUGCCGAAAGACACAAAGCUAUACCACGGGAAUGCAUCCCCGGAUCUCCUGAAGGGGAUUGGCUGGAUGGCGUUUGAGCCGGAGCACGCGAUGGUCUUCGCGAGGCCUUCCCGACGUCAUCAGGAGCGGAUGGAUAGCGUACAGGAUCAAUCUGGACAGCAAGUGCCGAUGACUGCAGAUGAGGGUGAGGAUGAGCCGGAGCCUCCUGCUGAUGUCAACGGCUAUCUGCACACCUACACUACGGCGAAGGAUCUGCGGCUUGUCUAUAUCGAUGGCACCUCGGCUGGGAAAUCACGUAUCGGGACGCUGGAUUCUCAAGACAGAAUCAUGUUCAAUGACACUAUAUCUGGCGGAGUGAGUGGUGAGGACCAGCGUGCUAAGACUGUCUGCCAGCUCGCGAAGAAUGAAUGGCAGGGCCGCAUUGACGGGGUUAUCCGUAUGGCUGCUGGGUUCGAGAUCAUCCUUUGUGAUCCCGAGGCGAACUUGACGCCGGUGCGGGUCAUGCCUGUUGAGAAACGAAGCAAGGACCGCAAACUCUCAGCCAAGGAUGACAAGGGCAAGGAAAGAGAAGGCAAGCCCCGAGGCAAACCAGCCGAGUUGCUGCGGGCCAUCACCUCCCGCUUCAACGGUAUCGGCGGCAACAGGGUCAAAGUCAACUACGACAAUUUCGUGACCGCAUUCAACCCCAUCUACGAAUUAGAUUUAUUCCCCGACAAUGCCGCAGAGAUCGAAACCGGCAAGGGCCCGCGGCUGCAGCAUCUCCCACCAGAGUCUCUCGAGCCUAUCCGGGAGAAUCUGACAAGCCUGGUUCUCGAGCACAAGGUCACCGAGUCAAACAUCAACUGGCAAUCCAUCGCGGACCUUAUCGUCGACAAGUACGGUCCUCUCUUGCGCGGUUUACUCGGGCGUGGCGCCAGAAACCAUCACUCCAUGAGGGCGGAGGAGGACGAAUCAAACGACCCCGACAAGCAUUGGGAUGAUAAGACAGGCAAGCACAAGCGAAUGGCCAAGCAGGGCUCGGGGCGCAAAUACGAGCGCAGGGGUAAUGGUGAGGGUAAGGCCCAGAGCAAGACGCAUCACGGGACAGAAGCAGAAGCGCAGGAUGAGCAUGAGCACGAUCACGAGCCAAAGACCAAGGCCAAGCACCACUCAAAGAACAAAACCGAGUCGAAGGACGAGGACAAGCACGACGGAAAGGCCAAAGCAAAGGCCGAGGGAAAAGACGAGGGCAAACACAAGCCUAGAGUCAAGCACCACAUGAAGAGAAAGCACCAAGAGCACGGGAAUACCGGUACCGGUAGCAGCGCCGCCGCCCAAAUCGCCAGCAUCCUACUCCCCUUCACCUCUUCGUCUCCCGCGGAAACAACAACCCUCUGCGCAACGCAAUUCCUCUCGCCCCCCUCCCCAACUUCCCCGCUCGCACAGAAAGCCCUGUACAGCAUAAGCUCGACCAUCUGCUCCACGCUCGUCGAACUCCACAGUUUCCUUCUCCAGCUCGACGACGAGGAAGAGGAAGAAGGUACCAAGCUCGUGCACGCCACGAUCACCGACCUGAUGGCGUACCUCGACUGGACGGGUUGGAAGGAGUGUCGCGGGUGCAGGGGGGAUGAGUUCUGCGCGGUCCCGAUUUGGCCGAGUGGGGGGGUGAUGGACUUUGAGAGGCCGAGAUGUGAGAGGUUUGAGGAUGGGUGGAGGGGGGAGGGGUAUUGGGGGGGUGUUUGGGGGUGA